GAAUGGAACCCAGUGCCACAAUUGAGAGAGUCCGGAGUAUAUAAGAAGUCGAAUGAUCCAGCUAAGAUCAUAGUUUGAUCCGACCGUUCUUCAACACAGACCAUUUUAACAAAUUAAACAAUCAGCAACAAUCUUCAGAAUGUUCAAAUUGGUGGUGUUGUCGACUGUUCUGGCCCUGGCUGCUGCCCGUCCAGGAGUGAUUGGUUAUCACUCUCCUCUGGCUUACCACGCACAGGCUCUGAUUGCCAAACCGGAGAUCUACUACGAGAAGAGCAUCAUCGAAGAACCAACGGUGGCUCAUGUGGGAACCGUUGUGAAACACAUCCCAACCGCUGUGUCCCACCAAAGUUCUACUAUUGUGCACAGUUCGGCUAAACUGACGCAACCGAUCUACGCCCCCGCUGUCAAGCACACUCUCGUCUCGACUCCAGUGGUGAAAACCUCGUACCAUUCGAUUCCAACCCUGACGUACGCUCCGGCGCUUCAUCUCGAUCACCAUCACCAUUACUAAUACGGACCGAAUCCUGACAGCGCCGAUAAUCCUUGAUUCCUGGUUAUACGUUUUGCUGUGAAACCUUUUUAAGCUUUUGGAGUGUGUAACUGCCAGUUGCAAUUGGAUGGAAUUGCAGAAUACUAAAGAAAAUGCAGCUUCCCCACCGAUGGAACGAUUGAACUUCUCUUGUUCGCUGUGAUUGUUGGUGAAAGAUUAGAAGUUCGGUUGGUUUGCUGCGAAUAAAUGUGAGUAAUAGAGAACAA